AUGUCAAAUCUCGUCCUUCAACACACGGCCCGCUCCAAACAGCUCGACACAGAGUGUUCGACUUCAAUGUAUCUUGCCCUACAACAAUACCCUCGCCUGGACCAUUGCGAGUUCAUCGAGGUGGACGAGGACGAUGUCGAUGCCGCAAACCUCCACAUCAACGUCAUACCCGACGACAUAAAGCGCUCCAUGCUCGCCGACCGGCAUUCCCCAUCUUCCUUCGCCCCAUCAUCAUCACAGAUAAUCGAUGCCGACACGCUGCUACAGAACCUCACUCGUCUGGCCCCCAACGUGGCGAAAGACUUCGUCCCCCGAUACCAGGCUUACGACGACUUCACAUUCCGGCUCAUCAACAACACUGACGAAGACAAUGACGACGAAGAGGAUCCAGAAGUUGAAAACCCCGAGGAGAGCUACAUUGCACUGAGCUACUGCUGGAGCGAAUCACGCCGGGAGAACAAAGAAGUGCUAACCGGCAAUGUUGGCGAUCUGCCCUUCGGAUGGGUGAGAACUGUCGAGAGGUUUCCACUGCCGACUAGUAAGUCGAUGUUUCAGGCGGUUCUCGAGGAGAGGACAGAUGACAGGGAAGGGCUUUGGGUUGACCAGGUUUGUAUCAACCAGGACGAUGCAGUUGAGAAGGCUACCGCGGUCGGUGCCGUGGGCGCUGUGUAUAGGAACGCACGUACUGUCAUCGUUGCACUCGACGAUGUUAUCAUCCCGCAAGACGAAGUAUCGUUCCUACGGUCCUAUGUGAAGCAAUACGCCACAUCGAACACGCCGUUAUCACAGAACCCGAAUCAAGGUCUCCAUCCGCCUGCCAUGCAACGGUUUCCACUAUUUAGAUCGUUCUUGGAACGAUUGUUACGGUCCAGUUGGUUUGAGCGAGCGUGGUGCGCUUUCGAGAUGCAGAUGGCGAAGUCGCAUGUGUUUCUUGCGCGGUGCAUCGCGAAUGAAGAGCAGCUGGAUGAUGGGUGUUGUGCUUUGAUACGGUUUACUGGGGAUUUCUUCCUUCAUAUGCUUCUCCUUGCCAGCGAGCUUGACUAUGGACACCAGCUCUCUGCCAGACCAGGCCAGGUCGAUUAUCUGGUUUCGUUCUUUCGAGAAUGGUCAUCGGGACAACAUCGUUCUUCUAAUACACCACAUAGUCCUCCGACGAAUCGACUCCAAAAACCGACAACGUCGUAUAUCCGCCAAAUACAAGAUGUUCUUCGUCUCCGAGCAAGUGGGAAUCCACAACUACCCGAGUACCUUCGCCGGCUGGACGCAAAUCGAGAUCGAACAAGCAUCGCUCUGAAUGUGGCGGGCCUACCUUUGGUGUUGAAACCGCCCAAUCCACUCCAGAGGCCCUUCAUCGAAGAUGAAUGUCUUCGAUAUCUCUUACUCGCCGGCAUCGCGGCAGGAGAUCCAGGCGCACUUUGCACGAUAGGACCACCUCUCCAACUUCAUGAUGGCUCGAUAUCAUGGCUCUGCCGCCCAGCGUCAUCCUCCGCAUCCAACCACCACUCUACACAAACACCACCUCCAUUCUCGACCAGCAAUUCAACCCUAAUACAAUCCCACGACGGCCGUGCAGAGUACCUCCAACUCGACCUCAUCUUCACCACCCUCCCCCAACGGACCCAACCAAACCCCAACUUCCCCUCCUACAUCCAACGCGCCCGAGCAUUCAUAUCAUUCUGCAUCCACCACUCCAUCCCCAGCACCAACCCUCUCUGGUCCUCAUGGCAACCGCAGCAACAGCAACAGCAAGCCCAACAACACACGACCCCCGCUCCCCACCCCCGCGCCGCCUCCCUCCAAAACAUCUUCAUCCAAACCCUCGCCUGCUGCUACGACCUGGGACCCACCUUCCUCCUCACCGUCUCCGCCUCCCUUCCCCCAUCCUCCCAACCCCCCCUCCCCUACUCAACCCUCUCAACCCUCCUCUCCCCAACCCUCACCCUCACCUCCCCACCCGCCCACGAAACCCUCUCCCCCUUCCUCACCCUCCUCGCCACCCUCAUCACAGCUGGCAUCCCCUGGUCCCCCACAACCUCCGAACGCACCCACGGCCCCCUCAUCAUCCACACCCCCUCUUCUUCCUCCCAAUUAGGCAAGAAAGCACUCACGUUCGCCCCCUUCGCACACACAAAGUCCCUGCUCAUCGCUAUCCCCGCCGUGCUGGCUGACGAGUCGUACGCGGGCCUGCCGCGCGGGUGGUGUCUCACUCCGUUUGUUGGUGUGGCAGGAGCGGGUGCGGGUGCGGGCAGGGCUGUGGGGUGGAGGUUGGAGGGGAAGGGGAGGGUUUUUGGGGGAGGGGGGUUUGGUAGGGUUGGGGGUGAGGGGGAAGGAGGAGGGGGGAGGGUACAUAGGGUUUAUGGGCCUUUGAGGUUCGGAUAG